AUGAAUGCAUAUGCUCUUUCGACAGGCGGGAUUAACGAGUCAGACGGCCAAUCGACAGACUCCGAUCUUCUGAAGACAACGGCGUUGAAGGCCAUUCUUCCAAUUCAGGAAAUUCCUCGAGCUCUUCUUUGCCCUGGCUGCGGCAUGGUUUAUGAAGUGGCAUAUUGUCUCAGCUGCUCCCACAAUGUAUGCCAGUGGUGCUACGAGCGCGAGAUCACCCAGAAUAGAUAUAUGCGGUGCUUUGUCUGCCACACAUUGGUUGUAUCCAGACCGUAUUUGAACUCGGCUCUAAAUAAAGUUGCACGUGGAUAUCGACAGGCUCAGGUCUCUGACGCUAAGAGCUAUGACAUCUGCCAGCAACAUCCCGUUCCGCCAAGCUCUGAGAGGACUGGAGAAAUUUCACAUCAAUGGGACAAAUACCUGGGAGAGGCACUUUGUGGUCCCUUCUUUUGCGGAGAGUUUGUACUGGUUUGCGAUAAGCGUGUGCUGUCCAUGGGACCAUCCUCUGAAAUCGAGCGCAAGACCCUAUGCCUAACUCGGUUCACCAGCAGCAUUGAAGUGGUUUUAGUUCCUCGGCAUAGAACACAAACGGCGUUCAUGGGCCUCAUGUUCGUCCAUAAAGGGUGCUUACCCAACUACACUGCACAGUUAAGCCCUCUCUCAGUAAAGUUCAGCAUCACGGUCAUCAAUCAAUGUCCCGAGAAAAGCAGGACAUACGAAUGUAUACACACAUUUUCUCGCGGCGGUGGCUGCUAUAACAUACCAAUAGGGCCACGGUCGGUCCUAUUUGACCCUCAAAGAAAUUACGCAACUACAGCGGGAGCCGUGACAAUCCAGGUCAGUGCAUCGGUAUUCACAACUCUUCCAUAUGAGGAUGCCGUGGCAAUUUCGUGUGCUGCUCAGCGGCUUCUUGUCAGUACCAAACGCUGCGGUGCACUAAAUCUGGAUGCCUUGAUCGACUGUGGGAUCGCUCAUGGUAAACCGGAAGUGGCUGCACAUAUAACAAGGUUUCUGUUGGCACUGGCGACAAUACAAUACUCGGUAGUGUCUGUAUCGACUGACGCAUCACCCCAAGGGUACCAACAAGAUAUCACUACCGUAGCGCUUUGCUUCUGGCUCAAAGAAAGUCUCUCAUUUACCAGGUUGCUCAAGCGAGCUAUACGGCAUAUAGACGCCGACGAUUACGAGCUUAUUGGCGCCACCUUGGGCCGCCACUGCCUUGUCUUUCUGGAAAAUGGAGGCCCGGCUGACGCCUUUGAUGUGACGCUUAAAGAUGGCAUGCUUAGUAGGGAAGAACUGGACACUGUUUGCUAUCAAGGUAAGCAUUCGGUAGAGAGCAGCACAAAAGCUUUAGCAUUUGAAAAGGAAGCAAGGGCCUUGGAAGCAAAACUACGAGAUGUAGAAAAGAAACUGGAGGUCCAGGAAGAACAAACGCGAUUGGCAGAGCAUCGCAAUAGUAGAUUAGAGUCUAUUCUUAAGAAAGAGAUAGUUAGAUCAUCAAGGCUCAAGCGGGCACUACUCGAGCUCGUAGGUUCAAGCAACGAGAUCCUAGAUCACAUGCUCUGCGAACAAGAGACACGCCGGAACAACAGCGAGAGAGGACCCAUAUCACCUACCUGUAUUCUACCGGCAGGGCUUUAUAUAAACGGGAUGCUGAAUAUGGCUCCGAAGGAGAUAUCUCUGCUUCACAAAGGCUACAUUGAACUAAAUGCCAGAGACGCCGCCCUUUCUCCGGUUCUGAAUCGGUUGUUGCGCAAAACAGUGCUACUUGACAUCAGAGCCGUCGGAACCUCAUCUGUUGCGUAUCAUCUCUUCCUAACGCUGCUCUCCGCAAAGCCAGUUCUACGCAUCCGCUAUGCAGAGUCAGAGUCCAUAACUGAAUUUGUUGAGCCCUCAGGCAAUCUUCCUUCUCCGGGUCGAGAGUCCCAGAACACAGUUAAGAUGCAGACAGCCCUGCAGCCGCAGCUUACUGCGAAGCGAAAGUAUGAAUUGCCUGUCUCUCGCAAUUCUGAGGCUCUGGAAAUACCUAGUAAGCCUUCGCGCAAGGAUAGUGAGCACCAGCAGAUCCACCACCAGCCCCACGUAAGAUCGCUCGCCCCCACAAAACCGUCCAGUGCUCGAAGCAAACGGCACUGA